AUGCAGGACGCGAUUGAAGAGUGCCGAAAGCUCUGUGGCGGACAUGGUUACCUGAAUAGCAGUGGGCUUCCAGAACUGUUUGCAGUCUAUGUUCCUGCCUGCACCUAUGAAGGAGACAAUGUCGUUUUGCUCUUGCAGGUUGCAAGGUUUUUGAUGAAGACCGUUGCUCAGGUGGCCACUGGGAAGCAACCUGUCGGCACCAUAGCUUACAUGGGCAACAUACAACACUUGAUGCAAUGCAAAAGCGCUGUAAAUACAGCUGAAGACUGGCUCAAUCCUGCUGCCAUAAAGGAGGUGUUUGAAGCUAGGGCCCUGAGGAUGGCGGUGAACUGUGCCCAGAACAUCAGCAAGGCGCCAAGCCAAGAAGAAGGUUUCUCCGAGCUGUCCCCCGACUUGCUUGAGGCUGCUGUGGCUCACGUCCAGCUGAUCAUUGUGACCAAGUUCAUCGAGAAGCUGCAGGAGGACAUCCCUGGCCCCGGGGUGAAGGAGCAGCUGCAGAACCUGUGCAGCAUCUACGCGCUCCACCUGCUCCACAAGCACCUGGGCGACUUCCUGUCGACGGGGUGCGUCACAGCCAGGCAGGGCGCGCUGGCCAACGAGCUGCUCGGGAAGCUGUACGCGCAGGUGCGGCCUAACGCGGUGGCGCUGGUGGACGCGUUCGACUACACGGACCACUACCUGGGGUCGGUGCUGGGGCGGUACGACGGGGACGUGUACCCGGCGCUGUACGAGGAGGCGUGGAAGGACCCGCUGAACGAGACGGUGGUUCCCGACGGGUACCAGGAGCACCUCCGGCCGCUGCUCAAGCAGCAGCUCAAGCUCUCCAGGCUAUGAUACGCGUUGGACUGUGGAUGUGAAGCAGUAAUAAUUAUCACAAGGAAAGAGGCGAUUGGUUAUUGUUGAAUUGGCAAGGCCGGCAAGAGGGACACACAGACAGACGCUGUUGUUAGUAGAAAUAAAAGGAUCGUGCUCCCUCCUGGGUAAUUAGUACGGUUGCUGUGGUUGUCAUUUUGGUUAAUGCAUGUUUAGCCGGUGCCAGUAUUAUUGAGAUACUUAUCAGUAGCAAGUGUGUGGAUGGAUUCUUUUCUAGAAUGUACAAGGAGGAAAAUGGGGAGAAUAAUGGAUGAAAUGGUUUAUCUUAAA